UAAAGGGACAUAUAAGGCAUGCGCCCUUCUCCACCUUUCUCCACCAGCUCCAGUCUCUCAGCAGCCUUCUCGUCGCCAACAUCCUGCACUGUUCGCUCUGCCCGUCGACAUGCCUCCAUUUUCGACAUCUUCCCAACCCAACUGAGCUACGGACGUGACGGAAAUCUAAUCUGGACCAGGAGGCAGGUGAAACUUUAUCCCCUCUGGAGAUUUCCCGAGACGUGGGAGAAAACGCAGGUGGUGGUGGUGAAGGAAAGCAGGAUGCUGUUGUUGUUGGUGCAUUGCCUGGCGUCGUGGUGUGUGCUGCGUCGUGUGUAACUGGUGUCGUGUGUAAUUGAGCGGGUCAGAGGUGGACAGGAGACACGGGUUAACGUUUCAUUUCGGAUACACAGCCCGUCACUCACCUAUUCCAAUCAAAUCGCGUUUAUUGUGCAGCCUCGCUCUCUCUCCGGACGAGAAGAACGCUUUUCCUGUCUCUCUCCACACACCGAGAGCGAAAUGGGCAAAAAGAAUUCCAAACUCAGUCAGGACACGGUGGACAGACUCGUCAAAAACACUUACUUCACGGAGAAAGAAAUUCGCGAAUGGCACAAAGGUUUUCUGAAGGAUUGUCCGAAUGGCCUCCUCACUGAAAAGGGCUUCAUCAAGAUUUACAAGCAGUUUUUCCCCAACGGAGACCCCUCCAAGUUCGCCUCCCUGGUCUUUCGCGUCUUUGACGAGAACAACGAUGGAUCGAUAGAGUUUGAAGAGUUUAUUCGAGCAUUGUCCAUCACGUCGAGAGGCAACAUGGAUGAAAAGCUACAUUGGGCCUUCCGGUUAUACGACGUGGACAAUGACGGCUUCAUCACGAGGGACGAAAUGUACAACAUUGUCGAAGCCAUCUACCAAAUGGUGGGCCAAGCUCCAACUAGUGAGGAUGAAAACACGCCGCAAAAACGAGUGGACAAGAUCUUUAACCAGAUGGACAAGAAUAACGACAAUCGACUCACGCUGGAAGAGUUCCGCGAAGGCAGCAAGGCCGACCCCAGAAUUGUCCAGGCACUUUCCCUCGGCGGGGAAUGAGACGAGGCCAAAACAGGAGUCGUCGUCGUCCUCUUCGCCGCCGCCACGGUCAAAGGUCAACUCUUCUCCUUCUCUCCUACUUCUUCUUCUCUAGCGAUAAGCACAGUACUAAAAAAACUAUUGUUGUUACUAAACUGAAACUCCGCCUUGCAAUAACUACUCUACUCUACAGACAGACAUAAAAAACCAGUAAAUGAUGACUCUCUACCUAGUUCACCACUUUCUCUCACUUUCACUCACUCACUCAACUCCAGGAGCAUCAGUUAUUGAUUCACAUGUGUUACGUACGUACAUGGCGACGAUCCACUUUCAUUAUUCAAUAAGGCGAGGCUAAAGUCAUUUAUUUAUUUACGUAAUGUUUAACUGAGAUUAUUCCGAUAUUGUUGUUAAAUAUUUAUUACUACACAUAUGCAAAUCCGCAGAAGCAGCAACGCCAUAAACUACAUAAUUAUCUAAUUCUAUGCAUACAUAAUAUUGAUGAUCAGAUGGCGGUGCAUUCAAAUUGCAAAUUUUUGCUCUAAAAAUAUUAACGUGACAAGGUGUAUGGUGAAGGGUGCUUAUAAAACAAUCAUUAGCGUAAGGGCCAGAAAUUACAGUAAAAUAAAAAUUACAUAUUUCAAUUAUCAUUAUGAUUGAAUAACACACAUUUACAAAUAAUAAAUAAUUUAUAAAUGUUACAAACAGCGUUACGUACGUAUGCUAGAUAUUCGUGCAUACAAUAAAGUGCAUGUUGUCACUACCUCUGCUGCAUAAAUAUGUAUCUAUACAUUUUUUUUAGUACAUGCACGACACACAGUUAUAUUUAAUGUCCGCGUGAAACAUGCAUAAAUAGUACAAUGAUUCUUUAUUUAGGGCAAUUUUAAGGGAAACUGUAUAAAUAAAUAUUUAUUAGCAGUGUUGUAGCAAAAAAGCAAUACGUGCAAAAAGUAAUUCACCUCGAUACACAUUAAGGAUAAGCAGAAACACAUUAUUGGCAAUCGCUUCAAUUUUCUUGGAAGACAAGCAUGCAAAAAAGAUUCAUUCCAAAGAGUAAAAAAGAGCCAAAAACUCGUGUAUUCAUACUGAGAUGAUUAAAGUUCCAAGGCAAAGAGUCCCGUAAUUGAACGUGGCAGGAAGUCAUCUUCCACGUACGUUCGGAAUAAUAAUUACGUAUGGAUUUCAUGCUCCUCAUACACACAGAGAUUUUAAGAAGAUAUACUUAGAAAUAGUUACAAAAUGUUAUUAUGUACGUGUUACAGGAGGAAGCCGUAGCUGGUUAGUGUGCUCAGGUAACGUAGCAGAAUAGCAUUUAAAUAAGUAAAUUGUUGAACUGUUUUGUAAUCCAGCUGGGUAAAUUGGAUACGUGCUAGUCCUACUUAUUUCCGAAAAGUGGCGUUCUCCUCCUAAAGUGGUACCUUCUCGGUUACAGUGAUAUUUUCAGUUUGCAUGCGGGCGAAUAAGAAAAAGAAGACAGUUUAAUAAGAAAAAUUGUGUAGGAAACGUGUAGUUUGUUACUAAACCGUGUAUUAGCGUGUAAAUACAUAAUUGUCGUCUAGUUGGUAGCAGCAGCAGCAGUUCAGACUUUUUUUUUUGCUUCAAGGUCUAUAGUUUACUUUACAAAAAUUGAGACAAGUUUUAGACUAAUUUAGCAACUCGUUAAGUAUUCUUGUGUGAUUACAAUUAUGGGACAAAGGCUGAUCUUUUUCUGUCCAUUCUCAUCUCCUUCUUGAUCAAUAAUUGGCCUCUCUUUUUCUAUGUAAUCGUAUUCUAUCUUUACACUCAAAUUAUUACACACUACAAUUAUUUACGGGAAGAACAGAGUUUAUAAUUUGUGUCCACGAUGUAUAUAUUCUUGGAACGACAUUUGAGCAAUUGGGUCAUUUCUUUGGAUGUGUUCCUGUGUGCAUGUCUCCACGAAUGUGUCCUGCUGGAUUCGUCUAUGUGUAUGGAUAGACCUUAAUGUACGUUAAUUGUGAUGAUGAGUUUUAAUGUUUCUUCCAUCGAAUGUGUAAUCAGAGUCGUCAAACAAACAAAUAUACGUACGUAGUAAUUAUAAGUUCCUUCUCCGUAGACUUAGCAAAUAGUGCAUACAUAAUUUACAUAGCUAGCCUCUACACAUGUAUAUGACAUGGCUCUCACUCACUUAGUUAUUAUUGUUGGUAUCAUUGUCACUAUUCAUACGAGAGGAUUAUUAUUAUUAUUAUUGUUAUACGCGUCUAUUGUUGUGCAGCAGCAAAUCGACGCGACUACACAACCGCUCCAAAUAAUAAUGUUAUUAUGUGUGUACUGUGGCUUUGUUUAAUGUGAACAUAUUGAUUUUUGUGACUUUGUCCUCUCUCUCUCUCUCUACGUGUAAAAUGUUGUAAAACGAAUUCAGAAAUAAAUGCGUGGAUUUGUAUGUAUACAGAGAA